AUGGGGAGCCUGGCAAUCCUUUUGAUGUGUCUGAUUACGUCUAUUUGUUACGUCAGUGGUCAAGGAGAUAUACCAGGAGAACCGAUGAACCUUUCGUUCCGGCCAAAACGUCAAGUAAUUGAAGGAAAAAGACCAUACAAAAAGUACGCGAAUAAACGGCCUUAUAAAACAAAGAAACGGCAUUAUAAAACAGAGAAACCACUUUACACAGAAGAACCACCAUAUACAACAAUAACACCUCAUUACACCACGACAGAACCAUACACAACAAAAUCACCUUAUUACACAACGACCGAACCAUACACAACAAAAACACCUUAUUACACAACGACACCUCCAUAUACAACAAAAACACCUUAUUAUACCACGACUGAGCCAUACACAACAAAAACACCUUAUUACACCACGGCACCUCCAUAUACAACAAAGGCACCUUAUUACACCACGACUGAACCAUACACAACAAAAACACUUUAUUACACCACGACACCUCCAUAUACAACAAAAGCACCCUAUUACACCACGACUGAACCAUACACAACAAAGGCACCUUAUUACACCACGACACCUCCAUAUACAACAAAGGCACCUUAUUACACCACGACUGAACAAUACACAACAAAAGCACCGUAUUACACCACGACACAUCCUUAUACAACAAAGGCACCUUAUUAUACCACGACACCUCCAUAUACAACAAAGGCACAUUAUUACACCACGAAUCCUCCAUAUACAACAAAGGCACCUUAUUAUACCACGACUGAACCAUACAAAACAAAAGAACCUUAUUACACAACGACACCACCAUAUACAACAAAAGCACCUUAUUACACAACGACUGAACCAUACACAACAAAAGCACCUUAUUACACCACGACACCUCCAUAUACAACAAAAGCACCGUAUUACACCACGACUGAACCAUACACAACAAAGGCACCGUAUUACACUACAGCACCUCCAUAUACAACAAAAGCGCCUUAUUACACCAAGACUGAACCAUACUCAACAAAAGCACCGUAUUACACUACGGCACCUCCAUAUACAACAAAAGCGCCUUAUUACACCACUACUGAACCAUACACAACAAAAGCACCUUAUUACACCACGACACCUCCAUAUACAACAAAGACACCUAAUUACACCACGACACCUCCAUAUACAACAAAAACACCUUAUUACACCACGACUGAACCAUACACAACAAAAGCACCUUAUUACACCACGACACCUCCAUAUACAACAAAGGCACCCUAUUACACCACGAUUGAACCAUACACAACAAAAGCACCUUAUUACACCACGACACCUCCAUAUACAACAAAGGCACCUUAUUACAUCACGACUGACGUAUACACAACAAAAACACCUUAUUACACCACGACACCUCCAUACACAACAAAAGCACCUUAUUAUACCACGCAUGAACCAUACACAACAAAAACACCUUAUUACACCACGACAUCUCCAUAUACAACAAAGGCACCGUAUUACACCACGACAAAACCAUACACAACAAAAGCACCUUAUUACACAACAACACCUCCAUACACAACAAAAGAACCUUAUUACACAACAACAAAACCGCCGUACACAACAAUAGGACCUUACACAACAACAAGACCUCCGUACACAACAGUUGAACCAUACACAACAACAAAACCACCUUACACAACAAUAGGACAAUAUUACACAACGACACCACCUUACACAACAAAAGGACCGACUAUCUGGCCAUCGUUGACAACAAGGCCGGGUGGACAAAAUUGCAGAGUGGGCGGCAUGACAUAUGGGCAUGGUGAGUCCGUUCCGAAUGAGGACCCCUGCAAGGAUUGCAAGUGUAACAAUGGCCGGGUGACUUGCGAGCCUGUGGUUUGCAUUCAAUGCGUGGGACCCAUACCCAAAGGAAAAUGCUGUCCCGUUUGCGACUCUGGAAGGACCUUCGGCUAGAAUGGCAACACGAUGUUGUGUAUAUAAAGCAUUGAGGAAAGCACAAACAUUCAAUGUGUGCGCUGACC